CUUAGAUGUAUCGAAGGUCAGAGAUGGUGUCCCUAAAUUGCGUCUGAAUCAUCAUCACGCAUACAAGGGCUAAAAAUAACUUGAAUUAGUGCGCGCAAAGAUACCUUUCUGCGCCCACCAUCCCAACCAUUGGGUGCAGUUGUUUGUGGCUGCAUAUGAGCCAAACUGGAAGCAGAUGUGCACGCCCCAUGGCAAGGAUAAAGGUCAAGCCUCCCCCGUGGUCGCUUCAGCAUUCUGACUCUUGCUGUUCAAUGCAUGUUUUCAUAAAAAGAAACCAUCAUACCAUACCAUUUCAGCCAUGGCGGACAUACCACCAGCAGGGGCCGCAUGGGCCCCAUUCCCCGGAACCUCGGUAUUUACAGUGCUCUGACCGCAAUAAAACCCAAUUCUGGCGAAGCCCCAGUCUUUUUUCUCUGGAACGCGCUCUGCGCAACCUAUUUUCCUCCAGGCAAGGGAUUUUAGAUGGCCGUCGGCCGACCAGCAAUGCGAACGUCUCCCGCAGAUUCCUAGCAGCCACGGCUAUCGGUACCAAGGUGAAGUUCUGGAAAUACGACGCGCCAGACUUGCAGCUGGAGUCAAAUCUCCCGACAUUGGCUCCGAAUUCGGAGGUGCUGGACCUCUCCCAAGCUCGGGGUCAAACCGAAGCCAUUCAGAUGUUGGCCUAUGUGCGCAACGAAGGUUUCGACUGGACGGAGUCAGGCGAAGAUGGAACUCACUGAAAGCACCACGCACGUGUGCAGUGGAAGAAGGGGAUCAGUCUCGCUAUGCAACGCACAUCGAUCCAGUAACCACGUCUGUUGUAUUUCUGCGUUGCCUUCCUGCUUUAUUCAUGUCUCCUAUCUUUGAAGCUUAAUGCAAACUCUGAUAAAAACAAUCAGACUGAUGGCUCAAUUCUGCGGUUGAAGAAAAGG